AUGUCAGACAACGAGGACAAUUUUGAUGGAGACGACUUUGAUGACGUGGAGGAAGAUGAAGGGCUCGAUGACUUGGAGAAUGCCGAGGAGGAGGGCCAGGAGAACGUUGAGAUUCUCCCUUCUGGAGAGCGACCGCAGGCCAACCAGAAACGAAUCACCACACCAUAUAUGACCAAGUAUGAACGAGCCCGCGUGCUGGGCACCCGAGCCCUUCAGAUUGCGAUGUGUGCCCCCGUGAUGGUGGAGCUGGAGGGGGAGACAGAUCCCUUACUGAUUGCCAUGAAGGAACUCAAGGCCCGGAAGAUCCCCAUCAUCAUUCGCCGCUACCUGCCUGACGGGAGCUACGAAGACUGGGGUGUUGACGAGCUCAUCAUCACCGACUGA